UAAUGACUAAGAUAAGCAGAGUACUGAAUUGUCACGGUGAUUGUGAGAGGCGCAUGUGAGAGUCACAGCCCACACCUCUGGCCCCAGACGGUGCCAGGUGUCCUCCCGAGACUGACGAUCUGUGAUCUACCUAGGCCACUUGUGAACAACUGCCCUCUACCACAGAAACUUGACAGUAUACUGUGUAUAACUUUUCUGAAGUUUUUUUCCACAGACGCAAUAUGACUACAGCUAAGGUAUGGCAGUUGGUGAGGCGACCUGUUGGAAAGCCUACACCGGAAGAUUUUGCUUGUGUUGAGGAGCAGCUGCCACCGUGUUCUGAUGGUGAUGUAAUAACAGAAGCAGAAUAUCUAAGUGUGGACCCCUACAUGAGGUACAGGGCUCGACAGAUCCCUCUCAACACAACAAUGGUUGGCUCACAGGUUGCCAGGGUAAUUGAGAGCAAUAAUCCUCAGUGGUCAGUUGGAUCUUUCAUGGUGCAUUACCAGGGUUGGCGGACACACACUCAUCUUUCUCGGGAAUUUCUACAAACUAAAGGCAAUAAUGUCUUGCCAUUACCCGAUAUGGGAGAAUUACCCAGAAGCCUUGGUAUUGGGAUUUUAGGCAUGCCAGGGAAUACAGCAUAUUUUGGAUUGUUGGAAAUUUGUGAACCAAAGGCAGAUGAUACGGUGCUAGUGAACGGGGCCGCUGGAGCUGUAGGCAGUGCUGUGGUGCAGAUUGCCAAGAUCAAAGGUUGCAAAGUGAUUGCUUUUGCUGGAUCAGACGAAAAGGUUGCAUAUGUCAAGGAACUAGGAGCUGACCACGUUUUCAACUACAAGACCACCAAUGUUGGAGAGGCACUCAAGCGGGUAGCACCAGAAAAAAUCAACUGUUUCUUUGACAAUGUUGGUGGACAGUUUACCGCCGAGGCACUGCCUCAUUUAGCUGAUUUUGGCCGAGUGGCUGUGUGUGGUGCUAUUUCCUCCUACAAUGAUGACAGCAAGGACAUUGGUGCAGUCACUUUGACAAGUCCCUUCAGUGAAGCUACAUUAAUCUGGAAACAGCUGCGUGUUGAGGGUUUUCUAGUUUACCGCUGGAGUGAUCGCAUUAUGGAAGGUCUAGAGAAGCUUAAGCUAUGGAUACUGGAGGGUAAGAUAAAGUACAGGGAGACACUUUAUGACGGAUUUGACAAGAUGCCAGGUGCCUUCAUUGGCCUCUUUGAUGGUGAGAAUAUAGGAAAGGCUGUAGUAAAGGCAUGAAGACCUACUGGACUGCAGUGUUGGUCUGUGAGUAAAGUGGGCAUAUUUUUAUCCCAUAUUAUCUCAUCCCAGGUAGCAACCCAUAGCAGCUGUGUGUGUGUGUGUGUGUGUUUGAAAAAAAUAAAAAAAUAAAAUCAGUUGAUUGACAGUUGAGAAGCAGGCCCAAAGAGCCAGAGCUCAACCCCUUCAAGCACAACUAGGUGAGAACAAGGCCAACUUUCCAAGCCUUCCCUACACCCCACCCAAAUAUACACUAUAUACUAAAUAUACCCUACCCACUGUAUGCUCACCCUACCCACUAUGCCCACUCUUCCCACUAUGCCCACCCUUCCACAACAUCUUGCCAUACCCACUAACACUCAUUCUCUCAAGAAAGAAUUCCUGUAGACUUUCACGAGACACUGGCAUCAUUUAGUAUGAUUAAUGUAAUUAUAAUUUGUAUUUUUUAAUGCUAAAUAUAUUCUGUGUAAGCUCGAUUAUCCGAACUAUAUGGGAAGGACCCCCAUCCAGAUAAGCAGAAUUCUUACGGGGGAAGUCCAAAAAUGACCAUAUUCCAAAUUUUUUGUACCCCAACCAACAUAAUUUGAACUUAAACACACACUAUAAAUCAAAAAUAUAAUUUAAAUGAGAAACUAAAGCUUACCUUGUUGUAGUUGGUCUUCUUGUUUGAUUAUGUAGAUUUUGAAAUGUGUAAUUAUUGAAAAUUUACGUUUCCCGAUCUCCGGUUAUCCGGAUUUCUGUCCAGAUAUGGAGAAGUUUUGCCCGAAAAUUAUCCAGCUGUGUUUUGAACGGAUAACCCAAAUAUCCAGUUUAGCGGAAUCUGGAUAAGCAAGCUCAUACAAUAGUACUUGGUUACAACAAUUUUGAAAUUAUUAGAAUAUUGCCUUGCUAAAUUUAAUACGAAGCCCUUUGUAUACGUAGUGGUCUAGUGGGUUCAUUCUCGAUUUGCAAUCAGGGAUCCCGGGCUCGAAUCCCGAGUGGAACAAAAAUGAUUUCCUUUCACCUGAUGCCUCUGUUCACCUAGCAGUAAAUAGGUACCCUAUAGUUAGUCAGCAUGUUGAGGGAUUGCAUCAUGGGGAGGGUCAGUAAGUUGACCUUGGGGUGACCUCAAUACAAGCCUAAAGUAUAUAUUGUAUACAGGGUAUACACAGCCUUCCCAUCCCCGUCAGAAUAAGUUGUAUAUAGAUGUAUGUCGGACCGAUGACAGCAACAUUACACUUUGGAAAUGGUUACAGAAUUUAAGUUAAUGAAAACAUUAUAGACUUCAAUUAUAUAGGUAUAUAACAUUACAUGUUGUUUAGUGUUAACAUUGUCUGUUAGAGUAAGGUCUGGUUUAUACAAAUGAUAAUUUAAUAGUGAUGUUAGGGGUUUUCUGUUGCGGGAAAAGGAAGCAUGUUAGGCUUGUUGAUGUCCCCCGAGGUCAAUGACUGAUCUUUUCCCAGAAUGCAACACAACAGUUGAAUAACUCCCUGGUACCUAUUUACUGCUCGGUGAACAGAGGCAUCAGGUAUAAGAAAAUGUACUCAAAUGUUUCACUGCAUUGGAAUCUAACUUGGGUCCAAUCGAUUGCGAUUCACUUCCAGUAACCACAGUACUAGCGAAUCGGACAUAAUUUGAUUGAAGAAAAUAUUAUAGUAAACAUUUUAAAAUAAUAUUCAAUUUUGCAACAUAACUUCAUAUGAAGACAAAUAUAAUAGUCAUAAGUUUAAAUAUACAGACACUGUAUUACAGACACAAUAUAAUACUGGUAAUAUUGACAACUAAAUAUUGUUUUUUGCUAAUUUACAAAAGGAAAUCAGAUACCGGUAAUUUUCAGAAGUAAGAAUAAGAUAAGUGUGUGUGUUUAUCAUAGGUUCAAUAGAGGCAGUUUUAACUUUGGUAUUUAUGACAGAUGUAAGUACUGUAUUUUAACAUGUGGGAUUUAUAUAAAAUAUACAUGUUACAGAAUUUGAUUAUAACUGAUGGUAUCAUUCAUCACCUACAUGAAUUGAUGAUAUACUAAGCAUUAAUAUAUGUAAUGUAAGAGUUUAAGAAGCAGCAAGGGUGUAAAUAUAUUUAUAUACUGUAUAGUUAUUGUAUAUUGCCGAGUAACGAUAACAAUAAGUAAGCAGUGAAGUACUGUACACAGUUACAAGAGGAAACUGUAUGGGAGGUUGUGAUAAGGUGAUUUUAUGUAUUUUAAAUCAAUUUAAUGUUGCAUAGUUUUUGUGAGGCUGUUCUGUAUAUUAAAACCCUUUAUUAUUGUGGAACUUGUAUUAAAUAAAUCCAUAUAUUGAAUGCUUUGGAUAAAAUUAGGCUUCAGGUUUUUCAUAAAAAUGUAUGCUAUUUAUUUUGGAAUCUAUACCAUAAUAAAAAGAAUAUGCA